GUGUAAGGACGAUAUGCGUACCUCAACUUAUCGCAGUCAUGUUUACAUGACUGACACAAUGAUAGGAAAUCAUACGCAUGCGAAAAUCAAAGAAUCGAAACCAUAUAGACUGGAUCCAACCUUAGAGGAAAUGCGCACCAGCGAUUACAAAGCCAAUUACACAUGGAAGUAUGCCGAUCCAAAUAACAUUAUAAAUCCAUCGCUUGGUCCAAAAGUGCAAUCGAUGAAAAGCUUUGAAGAUUGUCGUUUACGUUUCAUAAGUCGUCCAAUGCGUCCAGCCAGUAGUGUGAUGCGUCAGGACUACCUUUGGAAGCCUCGAGCACCGCCUGACCCACCUACGCCUUCACCCAUACCACUGCCAUCUCCUGUAGCCGCUUCAAGCUUGGUAGUUAAUCGCGCCAAAUCCGGCUAUUCGAAAUUGCUCGAUCCUGCAGCGACAACUUCACGCCUGGAUUAUGUCCAUUACACACCACAAGAGGUGAUGGCAAGUGUAGCACGAAAAGACAAUAUAACAUUCUGGAAUUGGAAUGAGAAGACAGCACCAACCAAGCGUGUAUUUCUUGGCAGUGACGAGACAUUGUGCAAUGAGAAGUCUGCAAAGGAGUGCCCAAAACGGCGUUGUGAAUUCACCAGUCUAGUACAACGUGUGCCCAACUCAGGUAUGACUAGCGAAGUGCGUGCCAACUUUGUAGAGCCAAUCAAGCGUGUUAUA